CCCAAUCACCGGAUGAUCCCCCGCGCGUCGCAGCCCAGGCCACUCGAUUAGUGGAGUCCACCAGCCAAUCACGCGCGCCUCCUUCCCUCCCCGUCCCAGAUCCCAAUCCCCCUGCAAGCCUGCCGGUCGGAUCCGUCUCCGGCUCUCCGCAUCUCCCCGCUCCACCGUCCGCCUCGCCCGUUCGUGCUCAUGGAGCGUCUCAUCAAGGGGUUGGUCCACGUGGCGAUCGACGCCGUCGAGGACGCCGUGCGGGACCGGGGCCACGGCCGCGGCGGCGGCGGCGACGACGACGACGAGGCGCCGAGGAGGGGGGCGCCACAGUGCGCCGACGGGGAGGAGGACCGCGACGAGCGGUCGCGGUCCACGUGGGCCGAGGUCGUCUCCGAGCACAAGGGCGGCGGGCCGGACGACGAGCGCCGGGACCAUCGGAAUUCCGGGCGGGACAAGAGGCAUGAACGAAGGGAUGACGAGGGUUGGGAGAGGGUCGGCGGCCGGAACCAGCAGCACCCCGCAGGCCGGCAGAACCAGCAGUACGAGGGAGACGACAGGAGGGAUGGCAGCAGCCGGCGGCCGCAGCAACAUCAGCCGGCACCAGGAUACGGGAGGCAGCAGCAGGAAGGUGAGGGGAUAAAUGAUGGGGGUUGGCAGACUGUCGGCGAGAAAAAGCACCAUGGAAGACCACUCCAGUCUGAAGCAUGGAAUGGAUACAGAAAGCCACCAUCAGAACAACAAUACUCUGAGGAUGUCGACCACCAAGGACUCAAUGUGGACCCUACCAGGGAGGAGCUGAACAGCUUAUCGAAAGCAUGCAGCAGACUAUGGGAGCUCGAUAUGAACCGCCUAGUUCCUGGUAAGGACUACAGAAUCGACUGUGGCGAGGGAAAGAAAGUUUAUCAGAAGGGUGAUAUGGCAUCCGAAAGCUUGUUCAGCUGGCUCGGUGAUGAUGUGCUACGAAAGCCCACCUACUCUCGUUUUUGUGCACUUCUUGAUAACUACAACCCACACCAGGGGUACAAGGAAGUUGUUACCCAGCAGGAUAAGCACGAAGAAGUAGCAUUCAUUGAAGAGAUUGCCAGAACAGCACCAAUUAAGUACUUACACCGGUACUUAGUGCAGAAGGGGGAAGUAUCUCAGGACUACGAGGACUUCAAGAGAAUGCUGGCAUCCCUAUGGUUUGAUUUAUAUGGAAGAGGUGGCAACUCUAACUGCUCUUCUGCCUUUGAGCAUGUGUUCGUUGGUGAGAUCAAAGGACGGGGACAAGGAGAGAAUGAGGUCUCAGGCUUCCACAACUGGAUUCAGUUUUACCUAGAAGAAGCCAAGGGAAAUGUGGACUACCAAGGUUAUAUAUUCCCAAGACGUCGCGGUGAAUCACCUGAUUCAGAGACACAACUGCUGACUGUUCAAUUUGAGUGGCACGGUGUGCUGAAAUCAGUAUCCAGCACGUUGAUUGGUGUCAGUCCUGAGUUUGAGGUUGCACUCUACACAUUGUGCUUCUUUGUUGGAGGUGAAGAUAACCGGGUCGAUAUUGGUCCGUACACUCUGAACAUCAAGUGCUACAGGUUGGGGAAGAACAAAAUUGGGUCAGCCUUUCCCAUUGCAGAGAACUGAUUAUUUGGUGGUCUGUUUCUGCAGGUUUGUAAUUCUUUUUUUUCCUCUGUUUCAUCAUCACUUUUGUGAAGGUAUUAUUGUACUAUUGGUAUCUAGGUGUUUAUUUGUGCAUGAAAAAGGUACCAUACUGUUCAAUUUAUUGGUACCAGCUACAGCCGUAUCGGUAUUGCUACUGAUGACUGAGACUAAAAGUUACUUUUUCAUGCCCC